AUGGCUUUACUAAGAUCUCCAGACAUAAAUCUUUAUCGAAAUAUCUUGAAUUCACAAUUAUUACGUGAUUCUUCAUUUUUUCUCAAGAGAACAUUAACCUCAUCUCAAUUCUUGAAUAUCACUCGAACAAAUAAAGAUUUAUCUGUUAAUGAUUCAAGGUUAUACAAGACUCGUAGAAGAUUGAUAAAACGAACACCAUCAGUACAUAAGAUAUCUAAAUUAAAGAAGGAAAUAAGAAUGCAAAGAAAAGAUAGUUCAAAACUAGACCAAGUUAUCGAACUUGAACGUAAAAGAUUAAAAGAGGUUAGUAAAAAAAUUUGGGAAAAACAGCCACCACCGCCACAAUAUCUUUAUAAUGAUGCACGAACCGAACAAAAAGUUGAAAAAUACAUUGAAUGGAAAAAAUUAAAUGAAAAUAUACCAUUAAGAUUGAUAAAGACAUUCUUGAGUUCAUAUCAGUACAUUAAAGUCAAAAGCCAUGGUCCUAAACAGGCAUUUAUGAUAUUUAAAGAGUUAUUAUUAAAUAAAGAUCAAUUAAAGGAUGUUCCAUUUGAUGAUAUUCAACGACUUGCGGGAUACUUUGCGAAAGUCCAUCCACGCAAUGCGAUAUUUGUAUUGGAAGCUGCAUUGGAACAUGGGUUUAAGUUAUCUUAUUCCGAUUAUCAUAUGUUGAUUGUUUUGUAUGGAAAAAUCCAAGAUCGAAUAGGUGCAAUUCGAACAAUAGAAGAGAUGAAACGUCUAGGAUUUGAACUUACUAGUGAAGAUUACUGUGACCUUCUACAAUGCAUAAUGAAUAAUGGUAGUGAUAUUCUGCUUGCUAAAAAAUAUUUGAAUGAGAUGAAAUCAAAGAAUCUUCAUAUAAGCUAUAAUGCGUAUGUGGAUUUGAUUAAUGGCUUUGUUGAACAUAAUGAUAUAAGGGGUGCCGGACAAUUAUUUAUUGAUAUGCUACAAGAAGGUUUAGCAGCUCCAAAUAUUUUUAUGCCUAAUGAUCAAAACUCGGAUAAGUCAGCGAAAUCAAAUAAUUUAACAAAUUGGGAAAAAACCCUCUUAGAACAAAUUUAUAUUAUAUUUAUUCAAACUUUUGUUCAUAAUGACAAUUUACAUCAAGCCAAAAAAUAUUAUGAUAAAUUAUUAGAUAUAAAUUCAGCACCAGAUCCUGAAAUUGUAAAUAUAAUUAUAAAUUCAUGCUUAAAUAGAGGAGAAAUUAUAUUAGCAAAGCAAUUGUUAAAGCGUACUGUUACAACUAAUGUCGAAUCUGCUUAUAUGCAAAUAUUUAAGAAAUGUAUUCAAGAGAAAAAUUUUUUGACGUUAUGGACAAUGUACGAACAAGCCUUGGACAAAGAAAUUCCAUUAAGCAAGGAAACAUACUAUUUUUUAAUCCUUCAUUGUUGCCAUGAAGGAAGUUCUACGGAUGCGUAUAUACUUUACAAUGACGCAAGAUCGAAAGGAUUUUUAGCAGAUAAUUUAUAUGUCCAUAAUAAAUUAUUACAAAUUCUUGUAAAUAAUGGAUGUCAUUCUAACGCACAAAAGAUUUUGAGAGAGAUGACCGAAGAUUUAGGAUUAAGUCCUAAUCUAGAUACAUACAGAAUUAUAAUUCAAAUGGCAGCAAAAAAACAAGAUUCCAAAGAAAUAGAGAAAAUAUUUCACGAGAUGAAAGAAUUAGGAUACUCAGUAGACCAAAAGAUGGCCAUGCAAUUAAUUAGUUGCUUGGUAGCAUCAGGGGAAAUAGAGAAAUCAAAACAAACAAUUAAAUUGAUGAAAAUGGCAAGGAUACAUCCGACUAUUACGAACUAUAACAUUUUGAUGAAAGCUUACAGUAAUAUAUCUAUAAAAGAAGUUUUAAAUAUAUUUAAUAGGAUUAGGAAAGAAAGAAUUGUGGCAAACGCGGAAACAUACAAUAUAUUAAUAGAAUCAUUUAUGGCUUUUAAAGACUAUAUCAAUGCCAAGAAGAUGUAUAAUUCUAUGAGAGAAAAUUACAUUAGACCGAGCAUUGAAACGUUUCACAUUCUUUUAAGGCAUAUAUUUGAGACCAAAGGAAUAGAGGUAGCAGAAAAAGUAUUUGAAGAUCAAGUAAACGCAAAUAUAUUUGAAUUUGAAUCAAGAAGAAGAUAUGUAAGACCCACGGUACAUACAUGGAAUAUAAUGCUAGAGUAUGCAUAUGAAUCAAAGAAUUCUAUAAUAAUAGCCAAAAUAUAUAAAAAAAUGCGUGAACACGGGAUAAAGUUGAUUGAUUUAGAACAAUACAUAAAGCUGAUUUCAUUUUGGGUAGAAAGACGAGAUUUUUUUAGAGCAGAAGAUAUAAUAAAUCAUAUAAGAAUUGGAAGGUUUGACGAUAAUUUUAUUGUUAAAGGAUAUAAUGAAAUGAUGGAAGGAUGUUUAGAGCAUGGAGAAUACAAUAGAGCUGAAAGAUUAUGGAAAAUGAUUGAAUACGAGAAAAGAAAAGAAACUUUUCAAAAAGAGGCUCAGACAAAAAGACAAAUUGAUAUGGAAGCUCGUAUGCGUCGUGGCUUACCAACCAAAAGACCAAUUCAAGGUGUUGAGCAUGUAAUCGCCGUAGCUUCAGGUAAAGGAGGUGUCGGUAAAUCCACGUUGGCUAUAAAUCUUGCGUUGGCAAUUGCAUCUUUUCGUCACCGCGUUGGUAUCCUAGAUGCAGAUAUAUUCGGACCUUCUAUACCUCGUUUAUUAAAUUUAAAAGCGGAACCUCAAACGAACGAAAAAGGAGAGUUGAUUCCGCUUGUAAACUUUGGAGUGAAAGCAAUGUCUAUGGGAUUCAUUAUAGGUGAAGAUUCACCAGUUGUGAUGAAAGCGCUUCAACAAUUACUUCAUCAAGUGCAAUGGGGUGGACUUGACUUAUUAGUAAUUGACAUGCCUCCUGGAACUGGUGAUACACAACUAACCAUUAGUCAACAAGUUGUUUUAGACGGUGUUGUGAUUGUAUCUACACCGCAAGACAUUGCUCUUAUAGACGCCAGGAAAGGCGCCAAUAUGUUUACGAAAGUUAAUGUUCCGAUUCUUGGGAUGGUUCAAAAUAUGUCGAUUUUUGUAUGUCCAAAUUGUCAACAUAAAGUUCACAUAUUUGGUCAAAAUGGAGUAUUAAAAACAUCUAAAGAAAUGGGUUUAGAUUAUUUAGGUGAUAUACCAUUAGAUGCUGAUAUUUGUGAGUUAUCAGAUUUUGGUACACCGGUAGUUGUGACUAAACCUGACAGUUAUAAUGCACAAUGUUAUAAAGAAAUUGCAAAAAAGAUAAUGAAUAAAAUUAAUUUAAAGCAUUAG